AUGGCGUCGGAGCAAAACCAAGAGGCCAAUCUAAUCGAUGGGAAAGACAUCGCCAACACCAUACACAAAGAAAUAGCAUCUGAAGUUUCCCAUCCAGUGACUGCAGAUACGUCUACUUUCUCUCCUUUGCUGGCUCCUAACGAGCAAGGGACUUCGAAUAACCCAUCAUUUUGCUUUGGUUGGGUGGUGCGUGUUGUCCAGGGUGCGCAGUACACAAGACUGAGUACUAAGUGCACUUAUGUUCCUGGGCUGGCAGUUUUUGUUGUAGGCCACACAAAAAAAUCACAAAGUUAUGUCAAUAUGAAGAGAAAAGCUUGUUCAGAAGUUGGUAUUAAGUUCUUUGCUAUAAAACUUCCAGAAGAUGUAUCUGAAGAGGAAAUGAUUUGGAAAGUUCAUGAGUUUAAUGCCGAUCCUGAUGUGCAUGGAAUGCUUGUCCAACUUCCCUUGCCAAAGCAUGUUAAUGAAGAGAAAGUCUUAAGUGAAAUCAGUAUUGAAAAGGGUGUCGAUGGAUUUCAUCCUUUGAACAUUGGCAAACUUGCAAUGAAGGGCUGGGAACCUUUGUUUCUCCCGUGCACCCCGAAGGGAUGCCUCGAACUUUUAUCAAGGAGUGGUGUUUCUGUGAAAAACAAAAGGGCAGUAGUAGUAGGCCGAAGCAACAUAGUUGGGUUACCAGUGGCAUUGCUACUUCUAAAAGCCGAUGCAACUGUAACCAUAGUUCACUCUGGAAAUCAUAAUCCUGAAAGCAUCAUUCGUGAGGCUGAUAUAGUUAUAACCGCUGCUGGUCAGGCAAUGAUGAUCAACGGAGACUGGAUAAAGCCAGGAGCUGCAGUUAUUGAUGUGGGGAUCAAUGCAGUGGAUGAUCCUACUAAAAAGUCAGGUUAUAGGUUAGUGGGCGAUGCGGAUUUCGAGCAAGCAAAGAAGGUGGCUGGUUGGUUAACCCCUGUGCCCGGAGGAGUUGGCCCGAUGACAGUCGCAAUGCUGCUCAAGAACACUUUAGAAGGUGCCAAACGUAAGUUUGGGAAUUAAUUUAUUCACCAAAUUUGAGAGAGAGAGAGUGUGUGAAGCCCGCAAGUUUAGAGGGAACCUGGACUCUGGUUUAUUGUCUUCUUUUUUUUUAAUAAUAAAUAAGCUUAGUUCAGUUUAUUGUAUUGUAAGAUGUUUAUCAAACAAAGGCUG